CUUUGCUUCAAUGUGCUGACGUUUGGCUGGACAGUAAGACUUUUUACAGCGGGUAUUUUGCGAAUAAUUGUUAUGCUGGACCUUGCAGUGAUUGUUUAUUUUGAAAUAAAAGGCCCUGUUUCACUGCUUCAUAAGUCAUUUUAACUCAAAGAUAUGACACAGGGCAGGUCAGUUGGGUAUAGCCUCAGGUAAAAAGUAGUGGUGAGCUUCCGUAAUGGUGUUGAUGUACUUUGUCCAUUUAUUGUCUACGUCACCCACACUUAAUCCCGAACAAUCUAAUGUUCAAAAAGACUCAUUGUGUUUGUGACUUCACCCAUGUCGUAUAGUGUAAUUACUAGUUUCUCUGAACCUUAUCAUUGUUAUGUGUAUAUUAUUGAUAAAGCAGCUGAAGAUAUAUGGGAUCUGCCUCUGUAAUGUGCAUAUGCUAGAGCACCAAUAGGCAUUUUAGAGUUGCGUCUUCAUUCAUUACCUGUGCUUAGACUGCUGGUAUUCCCUGAGGUGGAUCAGUUUUGUAAGUACUGUACUGUACUGUACCUUUCAUGAACUCUACCAAGAUGGAAGGUUUUGUAAAGUUUUAUCGUUAAUGCCUGACCCCAAACCUCUUUGCCUGACAGACAAAAUGAAUUGUAUAUUUAAGAGUAAAUAAUGGAGUUCCCAACACUUUUCAAUGGUCCUAUUAACUUUUAUCACCAACAGCAGCUAUGUUUUCUACUCAGCUUAACUAGGUCCACCAACGUCAAUGUGCUGAUAAGGUUUUCUGAUAACCAUUUUUUUUUUUUAUGGACUAUAGCCUUAGCCAAUCAUUUAGUGAUAGUCAACACCCUGACAAACGUCCUCUUGUGAUCAAAGAAUUGAACACUAAAUUUUACAUAUUUUUCCCUUAGCUUCUCUCCGUUUGAAUCAUAGUUUUUCUUUCAAGUACAACGUAAUAUUUGCUACGAAAUUUCCAUCUUAAGCACUUGCGUACAGGAUCCCCUCUGGGUUGAGUAAUAUCGGCGGGUGCUAGCCAAAUGAAAUAUUAAAAGUGGCAUCCCUAGAAGGGGUUAAUGGAUCUUACAUCGUCACCGGUGAUAUGAGACUAGCCAUUUGUGGAAAUUGAUGAAGUGCAACUGACGUCAUAAUAUUAUGUAAGGAAGAUGACACGAUAAAUAUUAGUCUGGACAUGUUGGUUUGAAAUAAGAGGGAAGAUAACCUGACCAUCAACACAAACCGUACUUGGACAACUCGAUAUCGAUUCAGAUAUCAUUCUCGGCACUUGUCUCCUCUUGAAAGAUUAUUUACAUUGCUGGAAGGGAGCGGGACAAUUCAGGAGUGUUGCCACAGCAGAACGAGAGAGUGAUACUUCAUGACAUCAUGUGACUGCCAUGCUAUCAGCUCGUGGUGGCACGACUUCAGCAGCAAUGUGGCCCCACAAAGGUCCUAGACCCUUAUAAAAGUGUGGCCCCCAUAACUUGGCAACUCUGACUAUAAAGGUUAAUACAAGUAAUCCCCAGUUCUUCAUAAUCCCAAAUUGAAAGGCAACAACAGGUGCCUUUAAGUACAACUAGAAUUCCUAACUGUUCUUAGUGUUAAAUCUGAACACUUGUGGACCCACGAGACGUGACCCGAGUUCAUUACAGUAAAAGUGUGACGUGAAGAAAAUUAAGCCUAAGUGUGACUUCAAGUAGCCCAGAACCAAAUACUAAUAGACACAGUCAAGAUGUUACAACAGUGUUGCUGUGAUCCCUACAAGAGGACCUACAUCACCGCCAUCUUUACAGCCGUGGAGGCAGUGGCAUUUGGGGUCCUGAACUUGGUGCUCAUCUGUAUGAACAACUGUAUCAUCCCUCCUCCUGAAGAUAGACCCCCCAUCGGCUUUGACAAAUUCUGGGCCUGGUACUUUUAUGAUGGUGAAAAAUGCCCUAGUGUCGGCAAUUUCACUUAUGAACCUCCAGACUGGAUCAACCAACUCUUUCCUCUGGGCAACAGGAGACAUGAGACCAGUGUUGAGGCAAACUACAGCUACCAGAUCACAUACUUAAGCCUCCACUCUGCAUGGUUUAUAACAUGUCUCAUCUUGUUCUAUGGGAAUGCCAGGAAACAGUGGGUGCUCUACCUUCCCUGGAUUCUCAUCACCCUCACACUCAUUAUCAUGGACCUUGCUGUCUCUGUCUUCUUCAUUGAGGAUGUCAUAGAUGAGAUAAAAGGUGGUGGGUACAGUACCACGAUGGUCUGGAUCCUCUCUAUGUACUUCCGACUGUUCUUCUUAUGGGUCACCAACAUAGAGGAGUUAGCCACUGCCUUCAACUCUUUCUGCAAAUCUUACCAUAAGAGAUCCAAACAAACUCGACUGAAGAGGAAACAAGACAGAAAACAGGCCAUGGCGGUUUCGCAAGCAGCAGCAGCAGCAGAUGCAGCAGCACGCGCAGAAGUAAGACAGGAGCAGCAGCAUAUGCAGAUGGUACAACAAGAACAGUGGCAACAAAACAGCCAACCUGGAGUGGACAACAGGGCCUUUGCGGGUGUGCAGGCAGCUCCAGUAAUCUUACAACCGCCUCUACUUCCAAGGAGACCACCAGCACCUAAAGAACAACGUCCCUUCACCUAUCUCAACUCAAACUUCCAACCUGAUAACCCACACGACCUGGAGGGCAUGCGUGCCAAUCCAGCCUCUGUACCUGAGCCUGUUGUCAAUGCUUUAAGGAAUUCUAAGAUGAUCCGCAAUGAUCCAGUAUUUCCUGCAGCCCCUGUCCAAAAUUUUUACAUUCCUGAUGAUGGCUAUGCACAUAAAAGAGACAGAUCCCCAGAAGUUCCAUCUAAACCUUUUCACCGACGACACGACUCUUUACAAAAUUUCCGCACCCAAGAACCAGAGCCAGGCUUUGUAAGAUCCUCCUCCAUCAGGGAUCCAUCUAGAAUGCCACAAUAUAAUGACAGUCCACACUAUGAUAAACAUCCUGGCUACCAAAAACCUUGGGAUGAGAAAUCUAGACCUUCCAAUAUGAGCAACCUGAAGAAAUUUCCACGCGUGAACCUAAUCGAGGGUAAGGAGGAGGCACGUCUUCAACCACAAGGUCAACGAAGACGCCUUUCUCCACCAUCAAGUCACCAGAGAGGUGAUGAAGAACCCUAUCCUCUACCAGCAAGUCAGAAAAGGAACCAUUCUUUACCCAUGGAUCGAGAGAGACCUUAUUCUUCACAAGGAAACCGAGAGAUGCCUUAUUCUCGCCAAGGAAAGCGAGAGAAGCCUUAUUCUCCACAAGGAAACCGAGAGAAGCCUUAUUCUCCACAAGGAAACCGAGAGAAGCCUUAUUCUCCACAAGGAAACCGAGAGAAGCCUUAUUCUCCCCAAGGAAACCGAGAGAAGCCUUAUUCUCCACAAGGAAACCGAGAGAAGCCUUAUUCUCCCCAAGGAAACCGAGAGAAGCCUUAUUCUCCCCAAGGAAACCGAGAGAGACCGUAUUCCGCAGAUGCUAAACCUUUCACUUACUAUGUAUAGUUUGUAGUGGACAUUCAUAGGGAUUAUGAGUCAUCAUGUCAAACUGUGCAGUAUGGUAAUGGUUUAUACAAACAAGUUGGUGUAAAACCUAUAUGGGAAAUGUUUAAUAAUAACCAGGGAGCUUUCUUUAAUAAAAAAAAAAAAAAAAUGUCCUAAAUAUCAAGUACAUAAUGCUUUAGUGUAUCCAGCUCAGUGGAUAGUAUGAGGUUUUAAUGUGUGUUUGUGUCACACUAAACAGGGUUACUCUCUGAUUAAGCUUUAAAAAACAACUGACAUUUUUUGCCAAAUAAGGAUGGUCAGGGCACCUUCCCAACAGUAUUCUGAAUACUGUACAGUAUAUUUUAAAUCAUAUUGUACUCCAACUUUUUAAUGGAUGUUUAAUGUGGGCUCUUACAGUUAUUGGUACAGUGUAUCUUGUUUGUAUCUUGAAGGGUUUUGUAUACCGUAUAUUAUGAUUUUGCCUUUAGCCCAUGUAUGUGUUGUAAUAUACCUGAUAUCACAGGAUUAUGGACCCAAGAUCCACUGAACACAUGUUCAAAUUCAAGUUGACUACAUUCAUUGGCAAGUGAACUGUAUGGUUCUUAUGUCAAGUUAUUUUACAAAUGUUAAUACUGUAAUGAUGCCAUUCACAUAUAGUUUUUUUUUUAUUAUGUACUGUACAGACAAGUUAGAAUUCUUUAGGAGAAAUUUGUCGUUAGUGAUGGAAUACCGACCGCUGGUCAAGCUGUUUGGGAAAGGAGCUGAAGGACAUGUUGAACCCAAGGUUAUUCACGCUUAAGGAAAAGACACUGCAUUAGAGAUUCACCAUCAAGUUCCUGCCGGGCAAGAGGAACUGUGCCUCCGACAUGUUAUCCCGCUACCCUGCCUUGACAGUUUUGCUGACCUAGGAGGACCUUUACUGCUAUGAGGAGUUGGCCAGCAGCAUGGUUGCUGCCACAGUUGCAGCCGAGCCUGGAUGCUAUCACACAUGGAUCGUCAGUCAUUGACAGCCAACCCGGCUUAACAGCUGCUCCUCAGCAGAGUGGCCGCAGGUGAUUGGCCGGCCAACAAAGCCCGGGAGGUGGCAUGCUUGCACCCGUACUUCGCUAUCAUGGACAGGUUAGCAGUUACAGAUACCCUAGUGACAUACAUAUUUGGUGAGGAGCACAUUAGGCUUGCGAUCCCCGAAGAACUGAGACACCGGGCACCAAGGAGUCAAAUUGAUGCUGUGGAGGGCCAAGCAGACCAUGUACUGGCCUGGCAUGAACGGGGAUCUCCAGUACCACAGAUCCUCCAGCCUCACAUGUGAGAGGCACAUGCCCUCUCAGCCGCUCAAACUCAUCCCCAUGCCGGACUGUCCAUUCCAGAAGAUGGUGGUGGACAUAUUUCAGCUGGAUGGAUGCAUCUACAAGGUAAUGUCCUUUUUUUUUAUGACAUGCUCAGUAAAACAGUUUAAUAUUAAAAUAUAACUUUAAUGAGUAAUAAAAUGGUAUCCAGA